AUGGAGCGGAUCGAAACGACUGAAGUACGAUCUGGAUCACAAGGUGGAAGGAGAGUUGGAAGGGUAGUGACGGAAGUCGUGAGCGAAACAAUUCCAGUUGGUAAAAGCACGGAGAUUGUGACUGAGACUGCAAGAGGGCCAGUGGAACGAACGGAGAGAACUGAGGUCAUUACCGAGACGCGGUCCGAGGUACGACCUGUGAAGAGAACAGGAAGGACAGUAACGGAGGUAGUGACGGAAAGGGUCCCCGGGAGAAGGAGUGAAACCAGCAGGACAGAAAAGGGCAAAGAGAGGCGGCCUGCACACCGAGUGGUGACGGAAACGUCGCUGGGAAACAAUGAGUCCGCCAUCACUCAAACCGCCACACAGUCACCCGGCCGAAGAAAACCAUCCGCGACCACCGCGACCAACAUCGAAAUCGAAACAGAUCUUCUGGCUGUCGUAAAAUCUAGUCCCGAAACUGUCGUCAAAUCCGACGUCCAGACGCUUAUCACCGAGGAAGAAAAACCUGUUUUGUUAACCGCCAAUGAAGAACUCGCCGAACAGGUCAUCGGUGAGCAGGUACUUGAAUUCUAUAAUGAAUACAUGAAGGCAUACCCCAACUCAUUUGAUGGCGGCAGCUCUACCGACCACAGUGUCUAA